UUCAUAAAUGUACCAAUACAUGUUUGCAUCAAACUUGUAAAUAUUUUGGUAUAUUAACAAUUUAUAUUACAUAUAAAAGCUGUCAGCUUUCAUUAAUAAAGUUAUGGAAUUACAAAAUAUAUGCUGAGCAAUUUUAAUAUACAAUAAUUUCUUUAUUUUGAUUCUCAUCUGAAAGGUGUUGAAAAGUAUUUAUUUAAUAAUAUUAUAUUGCAAAUAAUUCAUUUUGAAUCAUAGAACUUGUAAAUCUUUAUAAUGUCCAUAUUAAAGAGAUUGUUAAAAUUGCCACAAAAUAUAUAUUCUUUCAAAAACGUUAUUCAAAAUUAUCCAAAAAGAAAUGAAAGUUUCUUAUCAGCAUCUGGACAAUCUUCUACAUUAAAAACUGUACUCAAAGCAAGUUUAGUAGGAAUUUCUGUUGGAUUUCCUAUUGGUAUAGUUAUUACUUCUGGUUAUUCAUGGUAUAAAAAUAAAAAUGGUGCAAAAACUUAUCAUCUUGAAGGUAAAGAACGUAAAAUUGAAUUACUUAGCCACAAACCGGAUGUACCCAUUUCUAGAAAGAUUGUUUCACCUGUGGAUACAACCGGAUUAAAAUUAACACUUUUCCAAUAUCAAACAUGCCCAUUUUGCUGCAAGGUCAGAGUUUUUUUGGAUUAUUAUGGAAUAUCUUAUGAUGUUGUGGAAGUUGAUCCAGUAUUAAGAAAAGAGAUAUCAUGGUCCUCUUACAAAAAAGUGCCAAUACUUCUAACUCAGUUAGAAUCUGGAUAUGGACCUUUACAUGACAGCUCAAUGAUUAUUUCUCUAUUAGCAUCACAUCUAAGAGAUAAAUCACAAACAGUAGAUGAUUUAAUGAAGGAUUAUCCAAGUAUAGCAAUGCACGAUGAAAAUGAUAAAUUUAAGUAUGAAAUAAUGAACAAAUAUUUCUUAAUGUAUAAAGAUGCUCCUCCUUCGGAUAAAGAUUUGAAUAAUAUUAUGGAAGAACGCAAGUGGAGAAAAUGGGCAGAUGAUACACUUGUUCAUACACUUUCACCAAAUGUAUAUAGGACACUUGGUGAAGCUUACAAAACUUUUAAUUGGUUUUCUGAAGUUGGUAAAUGGGAGGAAUACUUUCCAGCAUGGGAACGAUUAGUAAUGAUAAAUAUAGGCGCUGUAGCUAUGUGGAUCAUAUCAAAACGACUGAAAAAGAGACAUAAUCUUAAAGGCGAUGUUCGGCAAUCUUUGUACGACGAAAUUAACGUAUGGUUACGCUGCAUUAAGAAACGUGGUGGCACAUUUAUGGGAGGGGAAAAGCCUAAUUUAUCAGAUCUCGCUGUCUAUGGAAUUUUGAAAAGUAUAGAAGGCUGUGAUGCUUUUAAAGAUGCUUUAUGUAAUACAAAACUAGGUACAUGGUAUAAUGCUAUGACAAAGGAAGUAGAAACACAUUCUGGAAGCAAUUAUUUAAUAUCUAAAUAAUGUAAAUAUAUUAAUUGAUUGUAAUCUAGUUGCUCUAUUGCUGAAAUUAGUUUUGUUAAGAUUACUUUCCACAUGAUUCAUUGCUUCAUUCAAACGUUGAUUUUUAUUUGUUUACUUAUUUGAUUUAGUAAUAAAAUUUUAAUUAUACGUUUGAAACAAUAUCAUGGUAAAAAGUCAAAUAUAUAUUUAUAUUUACAUCCUGCA